CGCAGAGAGCGACUAUGAGAAGGACGGUAACAAAGAGAACUUAACAGUGACAGCACAAGUGCUCACGCUUAUGGAUCUCUCUCUCUCUCUCUCUCUCUCUCUCUAUAUAUAUAUUUUUUUUAGAAAUAACCGGAUUUGUUUGUUUGUAUUUACUUUUAAGGAUCUUUAACCCUUACUAUUAAAUUUGAUGUCUGGCAGAAAGUUGGUCUCCUUUGGAUAAGGUGUUGAUGGUCACCAAUCCUUUUCCUGCAACCAUUGAUAGUGAUUGUUUAUUGGUGAAGGGCUCUCAUCAGAUACAAUCAUGGUGCUCAUUCUGGGUCGCCGUCUGAAUCAUGAGAACUCUGGUGGUGUGCCAGAAUCACCGGCAAUCAAGCGUAAAGUCUUUGAGAUGGAGUCUAAGACCCUGAACGACGUGUACAACUUCUCUUCUGGUUCCUCUCACUCUGAGAGUGUCCUUCAGGUCUUCAACGAGUUCCGCGACAGCCGCCUCUUCACGGACGUGAUCAUAAGCGUCCAGGGUCGCGAAUUCCCAUGUCACCGUGCCGUGCUGUCGGCCUGCAGCAGUUACUUCCGUGCCAUGUUCUGCAACGACCACAGAGAGAGCCGUGAGAUGCUUGUGGAGAUCAACGGCAUCCAGGCUGAUGCUAUGGACACGUUCCUGCAGUAUGUUUACACCGGUCGUGCCUGCAUCACCACCAACAACGUCCAGUUCCUCUUCGAGACCUCCAGCCUCUUCCAGAUCACCACACUGCGGGAUGCUUGUGCAAAAUUCCUGGAAGAGCAGCUGGACCCCUGCAACUGCCUUGGGAUCCAGCGUUUCGCAGACGCCCACUCUCUCAAACAGCUGGCCAGUCGCUGCCGUGCUUUCGCCUUGUUGAAUUUUCCAGAAGUUGCUCAGCAUGAGGAGUUUCUAGACCUUCACAAGGAUGAACUGCAGGAAUACUUAGCCAGCGAUGAGCUGUCCAUUGGCAGGGAAGAGGUGGUGUUUGAGGCAGUGAUGCGUUGGGUCUACCAUGGCGUGGAGUACCGCAAACCCAUGCUGAAAGAUCUACUACAACAUGUCCGACUGCCUCUCCUGCACCCAAACUAUUUUGUACAGACGGUGGAAGGUGAUAAAUUGAUCCAGAAUGCUCCAGAAUGUUACCAGCUGCUGCACGAAGCACGUCGCUAUCACGUACUUGGCAACGAGAUGAUGUCGCCACGAACCAGACCCCGCAGGUCUACUGGUUUCUCUGAGGUCAUUGUGGUGGUGGGAGGCUGUGAGCGAAUGGGGGGUUUCAAUCUGCCGUACACAGAAUGCUACGACCCUGUGACGGGAGAGUGGACAUCUCUUGCUAAACACCCCGAGUACACUAAGUCCGAGUAUGCAGUGUGCGCCCUCCGCAAUGAUAUCAUUGUGUCAGGUGGACGCAUCAACAGCAGUUACGUCUGGAUGUAUAACUCUCAGCUCAACAUCUGGAUCAGAGUGGCCUCUCUAAAUAAGGGUCGAUGGAGACACAAGAUGACCGUCCUACUGGGGAAGGUGUAUGCAGUUGGAGGUUAUGAUGGGCAGUCUUGUCUCAGUAAUGUGGAGGUGUACGACUCAUUCUCCAACCGCUGGACUGAGGUGGCCCCCAUGAAAGAAGCCGUCUCCUGCCCGGCGGUCACCAGCUGUGCGGGAAAGCUUUUCGUCAUUGGAGGAGAACCCUAUGAAAACAGCUGCUCCAAUAAGGUCCAGUGUUAUGACCCAGAGUCAGACAGCUGGCAGCUGAAGGAAUCUAUUCCCUUCACCAAACCCAAUAUCUCUGCCGUUUCUCUCAAUCACCUCAUCUACGUAUGCGGUGGCCUCACCAAGUCCAUCUACUGCUACGAUCCUUCACAGGACCACUGGAUGCAUGUGGGCCACACCUUCAGCAGACAGGAGAGUUGCGGUAUGUCCAUUUGUAAUGAAAAGAUCUACAUCCUGGGUGGACGGGGAGAAAACGGCGAAGCCUCUGACAAUAUUGUGUGCUACGACCCGGCCUCUGGCAUCAUCACAUGCACGGCUGCUAUGCCUCGUCCCAUCUCCUACCAUGGCUGUGUUACCAUACACCGUUUCAGCGAAAAACAACACAAACCCUGAAAGCAUCUGCAAACGUACAUCUAAACUGUCCCAAGCAUGGAGCUGUAGACCCUUACGUGCAUAUCAACUUUGCAUCACUUAAAUUGAGUGACCACUGAUAUUUUUUCUAUCGCUUAUGCAGUUAACAUAUAUACAUCUACAUGCACUGUAGGAGGAGCACCUUGUUUAACUGCGACAGUUGAUUUCAUCAUCAUGCCAAACCUGUUAUUAUCUGAAAGGCAACAGUCAACUGACUUUUUUCUGGAACAAGUAUGUAAAACAUAAACUUCCUCAUAACUGAAAUACAUUCAGAGAAUGAGUCAGAUCUGAUGGAGUAAUCACCUUUGAUGUCCUGUAUUUAUAAAAGGACUCUAAAAAUGCACACUUCCUUUA